AUGUCUUUGCGGUCAGGCAGAGUCAGGACGGCUCCAGCCGCUACAUUCGCUCCGGCGGUCGACGCAGAGCCCUCGGCCGCUCAGCGUCUUUGGUCUAUUUCAGAAAUCAAACUCCGCAUCCUCGAGUUCCUCUGCACCGGGGAUCUUCUGCGGGUACUGCGGACGCACAAGAAGGGGAUGUCGGACGUGUCAAAAGUCUUAUACAGGGAGGUGACGCUAGCCAUCGUUGACUUUAACUCCGUGGACAUUGCCUAUCCGAGGCAACUUCGGAAUUUGCUCUACAGAGUAGACGGGAAACCGAUCCGGCGGGGCCGUACCAGAGGCAUAGCUUGGUCUGCCCAAGCUGGCGAGCUCGAAACGAUCCUCGCCGAUCCUCCACCGUCGUUCGACUCGAUCCAGGAAGAAGUUGACGCUUUCGCAAUUGCGUCGGCUCGGCUCACGGCCAUGUCUUCAAAGGCGACCCCGCAGGAGAUGCUUGAUCAUGCUCAGCAGAUACUUUACAGCAUCGAGGAUGCGAAGGGUGCUGCCGAGGAGGCCAGGGACGUGCUGGAGGUCAUUGUUGAAAAGAGCAGUGUGGCUGAACAGGAGGUGGAGGAAUACGUCCGAACGCUCAGAAGGAUCCAUAUUAGUUUUUUCGCGAUUUACGCUCUACAAGUUCUACGUGGCCAUGCUAUCUUUAGUCUGGUCAUUAGGCCAUAUAUGCGCUCUGUAUCCCGAGCACUGGACCCAGACCAGCUGCUAGCUAGACUACAUAGUACUGUAGCUUGCCAUCUGGACGACCUUAAUGGCCUUGGAGCUUGGUCCGUGCGUGCCCGAAUUGCCCUUCGUGCGGUUGCUCCCUUCACCAAACGUCUUCAUGUUCUACAUAUCUUUCCCUCUGAAGGCAAUACCAUACCCGCCAUGACCCUGCGCUCGGGCAAGAUACGCGCUCCCCCGGCUCCUUCCACCGCAUCGGCGCAAGCUCCGCAACCCUACUCGGCCGGCCGAACGGUCUGGGAGAUCGCCGAGAUCAAAAGCAUCAUCCUCCGGUGGACCGACUCGCCCACCCUCGCGCGCUGCCUUCGUCUCUCCAAGAAGGGCAUGAGCGAGGUGGCGAGGGUACUCUUUCGGGAGAUCACGUAUGAUGAGGCGACUCUGCACAUGUCGAGAGAUACGGCUUCAAAGCGCAUGAUUUGCAACGCAGUCACCCAUAUCGACGCUCGGCGGAUAACCCAUCAUCCCCCAUUGGUCUCGCGCAAGCUCUAUGCAGCGAUGAACGCAGAUCCCUCGAGCAGAUACGGUCGACAGUCCCUGUCCGGGUUUCUCGAGGAAUAUCGGCCGGAGGCGCUCCCCAUCAUCGUCGAACCACUGCGGAGGGUCUUUCCACACGUUCGCGCAAUCACCUUCGGCGCGGCACGCAGUCCCGCCUAUGGUGCUGACAGCUGGGAAGUCACCUUCUCCCCAGCAGAUCGAACGGGCGGAACCUCCGGGCCUUCAAACCCGUCCAAUCGGACCACCACGUCAUCCCGUCAUAUCAAACUCCUAAGGCUUCACCUGUGGAAUCAGCACACACCAUACGUCAUACCGGUCGCCCGUUCCCCCUCGUCCGACUACACAAUAGAGGAACGCUUCAAUCUCCAGAUCCAUGGUGGUCCUCCCACACCUUCGACUCUACACGACAUUUUCACCGGCGCCGCGAUCGAUCGUAUGUGUGACCUCUACCAGGUUGUGUACUUCGAUUCGCAACGCGUCUCACUCGAAGAGCUCUGCGCGAUCUACAACCACCAGUCCGCCCGAGGUCACACAACCCGGCUCUCUACCAUCACCGCCAAUAACAUUACCCCUUUCGACUCUUAUGCCUUCCUGCAAUUUGCCGGAAUCGCGUCGAAACACCUCACUUCUUUGACCCUUUUCUGCGACAGGGACUCCAAUCCUCAAGCGCUCCCCCUACUGUCUUUUGCAGAUAUCCCCAUCUUCACCCAGAUGAUUCGGAGUAACUUGCCCAAGUUGGUCCAUCUCUCCAUCGCGUUGACGGGUAUCGACACGGCCGAGGCGGACUGCUUGUCUGGUCUUACUAGAGACUGCUUAGAGAGGGAAGGAGGCUUGAAAACCCUGUACAUCCACGCUACGACCCACUCCUCCGGUCAUUUCAAUAUCAUCCGGACACUGGCGCCAAUCCUCGGCUCGGCAGCGGACGUAAACAUCUCGUACACUACACUGCGGGGAUGGGACGAUGGAGCAGUACUGGCCUACUUGCGCAACCAGAUCGAUUUCGCAGAUCUCGAUGUUCUUUUACCGUCGCAGCUCGAGGGGCUCCGGUAUCGGGUGGACGGAAAACCCAUACGGCUGGGACGCACGAAAGCCACGGCCUGGCUCGAACGCGCCGCGGAGCUCGAAACGGCCGUUACCGACAGCGGCUUCCACGAGGUCCCGGACUACAUUUCGGACUUUGCCCAAACGGCGGAAAAGCUCAGAGUGAUCUCAUCGUCGGCAACCUCUAAAGAGAUGCUCAACCAGGCUUGGUGGGUACAGCGGGCGGCUAGCGGGGCAAAGCAGGCGGCGAUGGAUGCGGUCAAGGACUUGCAGGAGAUCAUCAGGAAGAGCGAGGCGGCGGAGGCGGAGGCGGGCGAGUACGUCAAGGCGCUCGAGCGGAUCGUUGGCGGCGGAUACGCCGGCCUACUGGUCUCUGAAUGGUGCCGCACUUGGCCUGGCCAGGAACGAAACUCAAGCCCCGUCGAAAUCCUCAUUCCUCGCGUUGCCUCUUUACCUCUCCUCGUCCUUUCUCACUGGCAAUCAGACCGCAGCAAGCUCACAGUCGCCAUGGAGUUCGGCUCAGACGAGAUCCGCGGCGCUGAGUUCACCUUCACAGCGGAACCUCCUCUCCCUCUCCCCGUUCCCGCUGGACGGAUCGUCUUCAACAACCCCUACAUCAAGCUCCCCGGCCUCGCCGUCAUAAUGCGCUGUAAUCGAGCGGGUAUGCUCGCUGUUGCGCAGGAGCUGUAUCAUACUGUCACGUAUGAUCAGACCCAGACGCUGCUUGACAGAUGUACCCCCAGAAGCGCGAUGUACUGUGACGCCGUGUCCGUCGUCAACGGCACCGCGCAUCACAUGCAGAACCACCGACCGGCCAUACUCGCCCAGCUCACCUCGACACCGAGCUUCAUCGCUCGAAAGGCUCGAGGGGGCGCGGAACCGACCGACAGGGCGCUCGCCUACCAUCUCGGAGAGUACCACCCAGACGUCGUCGACAUCCUCGUACGGUCUCUCACAGAGCAACAUCAUGAGCUCAAGGAGAUCCGCCUCGGAGGAGGUGUAACCAUUACGCUUUCCCCUGCCCCGUCACACGGCGUCCCGGCGGACUCGGCUUCGAGCUCCACGUCGGCGGUCAUCGGACAUAUUGCCAUCUCCAGAUUCCGCUAUCUGAAUGUCUCUGACGGCUAUGCGCAGCCCUUCCUGCCCCCGGCUCCCCCCUCGGCCGACUAUACCAUUCACGAGCGGUUCAGCCUCAUGAUCCAGGCGGUCCCUCAGCGGUCCGAUCAGUCCCUAGAAGACAUCUGGCAGCAUAUUUGCUCGGACCCGCAUCUCGCCAACGCCGGACCCAUCGUCGAUUGCGGGCCCCUCCCUGUCCGUCUCGACGACAUCAUCUCAUCAUUCGCCCGUCCAGAAUCGCUCGGGCACCCAAAGCGGCUCGGACAGUUUUAUGCGCCAUAUAUCACAUCUUACUCCAUCUGCGACUUUGAGCGCUUCGCUACGGCGGACUUAAAGUCUCUCACCAUUCUCGACCUCCUAGACACCUCUUGCUCCAACCUCGCACAGAUCUCCUUCGCCGAUCUUGCGUCUAUCAGCCGACUCGUCAGAUACGAGAUGCCGUCCCUCUCUACUCUUCGGCUUACCCUCCGCAUGGCCACCAACCCCGAGAGCGACUGCGGCGACCUGUCAAUCGAAAUCGGGCAUUGCGGGCGCGGAUUGGUGUCCUCCCUCGACAUCACAAGCAGGCGGCACGCCAUCCCGCUUUUUGACGCCAUUCGUCUAUGCGGCCUCAUGUGCCGCCCGACGGCGUCCAUUUACAUCCGACCGAAUGAAAUGUGGCCGUGGGGCUCGGAGGAACUCCAGAGCAAGUUAUUGCGUUAUCUCCUGCAUCAACCCGCACAGAGGCGCCGAUAUCUCUCGCAGGUCGAAUUCUCCACACUCGACGUGGCUGACCCCUUCGGCGUCGACAAGCUCCAAUAUCACGAAGACGGUCGGCCCAUACCCCUCCGCGUGUCAGAGUCCACCACCUGGGCGGACAAGGCGAAAUCCCUCCUCGAUCACCCCAAUCCUUACCCUUCCGCUAGUCUUUCCAGCGCACUGCAUGAUCUUGAUGGGGCCGCAUCACGGCUCAAGGCGAUGGCGGGCGCGAGUACAACGGCCGAGGUGCUAGAGGAGCUGGCGAAGCUUGUGGAGGCGCUCUGGAAAGCUGAUUGGGCCGCGGGACAGGCGUUGCACCCGAAGCGGAGCUCAUUGUACAUACAUGUCAUGACUUCUCUCGCCGACCUUGCGAGUGCGGUCUGGCUCAUCGGUACCUCUGCGAAGCGUCUGCAGAGGCUUCAGCUUGGAGGGCCGGACAGGACAUGUCCCCCAAACUGCCUCUAUCGUACUUCAUCUCGACAUCAACGAUCUUCCUUGGAAGUCCUGGCGGCUGCCCGGGCGAGGCAUAUAGGACAAGGCCAAGAUCAUGUUCCCGAGGCAGGCGAGUCUCGGCCCGCCCGGCUCAAACAGCUCCGCCAAUCGCGCGGAACCGCAGGUUCCCGCCUCUCGGGCCUGCUUCGAUAUUUCGGACAUCCGCGAGCUCAUACUCGUGCACCUCGAUCGCGGGUCUCUCGCAAUCUUUAUGCGAGUGCAGAGGAGGACCAUGAGAGAUGUCUCGGAGCUGCUGUACCACUCAAUCAGCGGGAAGAGGGCUCAGUAUGGGCUGACGUCGCGGUCGGUGUCCGGCACAUUGACGCUCGUUCGAUCAUGGCUCCCGCAGUCAGAAUGGCGCGUCACGCUUAUGACCGUCCCCUACUCAGACGUCUGGAAGCGGAAUCCUCGGUCGAUGAUCAAGGGGACUGGUCGUCGGAUAGCCAUGGGUCAUCGGACGAGGCGGACGACGAGACGGACUCUGACUCGGAAACGGAACGCAGACUCUGGUCUAAAACUUGCCAAUGCCCUCGUUCCCGGCCGUUCAAAUACGAUCCAUCCGCUGCCAAUCUCGUCCUCCCGGACAUCGUCCGGCGCUUCCCCCAUGUCAAGGACGCAACAUUUGGAGGCGUAUACGAGCCAUUCGGGAAUGAUGACAUCUGGACGGUGCAAUUCAACAACAACAACACCAGCGGAUCCUCUCACGCCGGACACGUCGACCUCUUCCAUACUCGGCGGUUCGACGUCUCGGCGGACCCUGCUACGGCAACCCUUCCCUUUCCUCCCCCUUCUCCCGCCUACACCAUCUGGGAGCGUUUCGACCUCAUUGUGCACUUUCCACGAUGGCGCGAAGACCCUCUGCGGCCGACCGAGUGGCUGGAGGCCCUCCGCAACAGCCCCAUCAUGGGCCAGCUGUACAAAAGCCGGGCUGUACCUGCUCCAGGACAAACAGCACUUCUCGGAGCGGCUCGAGCAUAUCAUCUCCCCUUAUACUACCAUCGGAACCCUGCGCGACUUCGCAGACUUUGCCAGCAUCGCCUCGACCUCGCUCGUCUCGCUCGUACUAUGCGGGGAGCGAUCGUAUCGAUACCCACCUGGCGGAACCAACAUGUCAUUUUCGGACCUCCCGCAGCUCGUCGAUACCAUCAAGACAAAGCUCCCCUCUUUGCGCUUGCUCCGUAUGGCGCUGGAGGGGGUCGGCUCGGCGGACAGAGACUGCGCAGCCAUGCUAUCUCCGGAGAAGCUUGA